UCGUCAAGGACGAAAGGCUCUGCUGUUGUGGCUGCUGUGCUUACGAGAAGAGAGCAAGCAGCUAAACCUGAAGAAGAUAGAGCGAGAGAGUGCCAGCCCCCACGGAGGUGUUCAUCUUCCUCGAGAUUUCCCGGGAUUGCUCGAUUCGCUGGUCCACGACACGGCAGCAGCUGGUGGAGGCGGCUUCGGCUGCUGUGCAUUACCGAUGGCGGAGGGUCACGGAGGAGCUGGCGCCGCGUGUACCCGACAGAGCCUGACAACGCGGCGGCGGCGGCGGCGACGACGAAGACGGAAGUUGCUACCGGCGGGAUGGCUGCUGCUGCUGCUUUUGCUAGCGCUGCUGGCACCGCCGUGUUGUUCGUCUGCUCCUGAUGAUUCGCGACGGGCGACGGAUCUUAUUGCCGACCUGGACCCCCCAUGUUUGCUACGAAACCCGGAGACGUUGGCGAUGGAACUACCGGGGGUACUCGUGAGAGCACCGUGCGAUGCGGCGGAGCCCCCGCGUCGAAGUCUCCAUGGCGACCGCCGUGAGCGGUACCGUCCGGAAGGAGGCCGCGAGUGCUACCGUUGCUCCCUGCUUCAUGGCGGUGCGGGAGUGGCAGCAGACGGCGGCGGCGGCGAACGAUUGGUCCGUGGGCACGAUCUUCCCGCUCGAGAAGAGAGAAAAGAAAAAGAGACCAAGCUUCGUGCCGACGGGGAACGCGGACGGCGGCGUAGAGAAGGUGGUUCGUCCGAUAGGGGCACCGCCACCGCCGUCGCCUCCCCGGAGAGAGGGGUCGUGGAGCUAACCGCAGGCGAAGCGGGGCCGGUUGAGCGCGGAGGGGGAGGAGCGGCCGGCGUUGGGGCUGCGGUGCUGGGCGCGGUGCUGUCCGGCCUUGUUGCCUUGGCCGCGGGCGGCGCAGGGGACGACGACGCGCUAUCGGAGAGCGGGUUUUUGGGUGUCGGCGGUGCAGGCUCCGGCGACGGGGGCGAUUAUGAAGCUGCUGCUCAUGAGGAUGCCGCCGGUGGCGGGCUCAUUCGAGGCAGCGGCGGCGUUGGUGGUGGUGCUGUUGAUGGGAGCGGACGGUCGGAGGCGGCCAGGAGGAGAAGGGAGAUGGACCCUGCGAACAGGAGAGAGACAGGAGACGGACCCCGUUCUGCAGUCACUGGGCGCAAAGGCCUGGCAUUCGGAGGAGCGGGCGACACUGAUGGUCCGGGGGCACAGUCUCCGUCUACCGAGCCCCCCGGUGGUGCUGCUAAUGGGAUCGCUGGUAUCGUCCCGGGCGCUGGUAACGGAUGGGGCGCCCACGCGACGGGGGUGACGUUAACCGAGCUGGGCGGAGGGGUGCCUGCCGUCGCGCGCAGGCUUCAGGGAAACAUAACGGGCGCACCAGCCCCUACACCGGAUGCCUCCGUACCGUCGACUCCUGCGCCAAUGACGGACCCGACUCCUGCUCCAAUGACGCCCCCGACUGAGGUUAAAACCGCGGGACGUGAUUCCGUUAGCAAAGGUAUUGCGACCCCCGGACCCAUUGGUCUCGACACCCCCAAUCCGUCAGUAGCCCCCGCGCCCACCUCGACUUCCACGGCCCCGCAGAUGAUUCCCACGCAGCCCCCCACACCUACCGCGGCGCCCCUCUCCCCUACUACGGUUGCGCCUUCUGCUGGCCCCCCUUCCGGGGUGGUAGUCGGAACUCCGGGGCCGACUGAAUCGGCACGGGGUGUCGGCUCCGUGGCGCCUGCGGCGACCGUAGGACCCUCGGCUACCGCCGACCCCCUCCCGGGGAUCGGAACGCCCGAGCCGAGUGCCACCGGGACAGCAGGAGGAGGAACCAGCGUGGCACCAGCUACCACUACCGAACAGCCUGGAGCCGCUGUGUCGUUGACUUCUGCCCCUGGUAUAGCCGCUGUAACCCCCACCCCGCUUCCUGCUGGAACCACGGAACCUUCAAUCGUUUCUGUCCCUCCAGCAGCUACCACUACCGAACAGCCUGGAGCCGCUGUGUCGUUGACUUCUGCCCCUGGUAUAGCCGCUGUAACCGCUACCCCGCUUCCUGCUGGAACCACGGAACCUUCGAUCUUUUCUAUCCCUCCAGCAGCUACCACUACCGAACAGCCUGGAGCCGCUGUGUCGUCGACUUCUGCCCCUGGUAUAGCCGCUGUAACCCCCACCCCGCUUCCUGCUGGAACCACCGAACCUUCAAUCGUUUCUAUCCCUCCAGCAGCAACCACUACAGAACAGCCUGGAGCCGCUGUGUCAUUGACUUCUGCCCCUGGUAUAGCCGCUGUAACCCCCACCCCGCUUCCUGCUGGAACCACCGAACCUUCAAUCGUUUCUAUCCCUCCAGCAGCUACCACUACCGAACAGCCUGGAGCCGCUGUGUCGUCGACUUCUGCCCCUGGUAUAGCCGCUGUAACCCCCACCCCGCUUCCUGCUGGAACCACCGAACCUUCAAUCGUUUCUAUCCCUCCAGCAGCAACCACUACAGAACAGCCUGGAGCCGCUGUGUCAUUGACUUCUGCCCCUGGUAUAGCCGCUGUAACCCCCACCCCGCUUCCUGCUGGAACCACCGAACCUUCAAUCGUUUCUAUCCCUCCAGCAGCUACCACUACCGAACAGCCUGGAGCCGCUGUGUCGUCGACUUCUGCCCCUGGUAUAGCCGCUGUAACCCCCACCCCGCUUCCUGCUGGAACCACCGAACCUUCAAUCGUUUCUAUCCCUCCAGCAGCAACCACUACAGAACAGCCUGGAGCCGCUGUGUCAUUGACUUCUGCCCCUGGUAUAGCCGCUGUAACCCCCACCCCGCUUCCUGCUGGAACCACCGAACCUUCAAUCGUUUCUAUCCCUCCAGCAGCAACCACUACAGAACAGCCUGGAGCCGCUGUGUCAUUGACUUCUGCCCCUGGUAUAGCCGCUGUAACCCCCACCCCGCUUCCUGCUGGAACCACCGAACCUUCAAUCGUUUCUAUCCCUCCAGCAGCAACCACUACAGAACAGCCUGGAGCCGCUGUGUCGUUGACUUCUGCCCCUGGUAUAGCCGCUGUAACCCCCACCCCGCUUCCUGCUGGAACCACCGAACCUUCAAUCGUUCCUAUCCCUCCAGCAGCAACCACUACAGAACAGCCUGGAGCCGCUGUGUCGUUGACUUCUGCCCCUGGUAUAGCCGCUGUAACCGCUACCCCCCUUCCUGCUGGAACCACCGAACCUUCAAUCGUUCCUAUCCCUCCAGCAGCAACCACUACAGAACAGCCUGGAGCCGCUGUGUCGUUGACUUCUGCCCCUGGUAUAGCCGCUGUAACCCCCACCCCGCUUCCUGCUGGAACCACGGAACCUUCGAUCGUUUCUAUCCCUCCAGCAGCUACCACUACCGAACAGCCUGGAGCCGUCGUGUCGUUGACUUCUGCCCCUGGUAUAGCCGCUGUAACCGCUACCCCCCUUCCUGCUGGAACCACCGAACCUUCAAUCGUUCCUAUCCCUCCAGCAGCUACCACUACCGAACAGCCUGGAGCCGCUGUGUCGUCGACUUCUGCCCCAGGUGUAGCUGCCGAAACGCUCACCCCUCUCGACCCCGGGACUACCCGAACCCCAACCGCAUCUAUCCCUCCAGCAGCAACCACAACUGAACAGCCUGGAGCCGUUGUAACUGCUUCCCCGGUCAUAGCCGCUGAAACCAUCGCCACGCUUUCUCCCGUUCCAGCAGGCGAGACACAUUCCCCAGGCACGACUGUGAGCCCCGUUGACGUGCAACCUCUACCGACCCCAACGUUAUCCCCGCUCCCAGCAGGCGAGACACAUUCCCCAGGCACGACUGUGAGCCCCGUUGACGUGCAACCUCUACCGACCCCAACGUUAUCCCCGCUCCCAGUUGGCGAGACACAUUCCCCAGGCACGACUGUGAGCCCCAUUGCCGUGGAACCGCUACCUACCCCAACGCUGUCCCCGCUCCCAGCAGGCGAGACACAUUCCCCAGGCACGACUGUGAGCCCCGUUGCCGUGGAACCCCUACCGACGCCAACGUUGUCCCCCCUCCUAGCAGGCGAGACACAUUCCCCAGGCACGACUGUGAGCCCCGUUGACGUGGAACCCCUACCGACCCCAACGUUGCCCCCCCUCCCAGCAGGCGAGACACAUUCCCCAGGCACGACUGUGAGCCCCGUUGCCGUGGAACCCCUACCGACCCCAACGUUGUCCCCCCUCCUAGCAGGCGGGACACAUUCCCCAGGCACGACUGUGAGCCCCGUUGCCGUGGAACCCCUACCGACCCCAACGUUGUCCCCCCUCCUAGCAGGCGGGACACAUUCCCCAGGCACGACUGUGAGCCCCGUUGCCGUGGAACCCCUACCGACCCCAACGUUGUCCCCGCUCCCAGCAGGCGAGACACAUUCCCCGGCCACGACUGUGAGCCCCGUUGCCGUGGAACCCCUACCCACCCCAACGCUGUCCCCGCUCCCAGCAGGCGAGACACAUUCCCCGGCCACGACUGUGAGCCCCGUUGCCGUGGAACCGCUACCCACCCCAACGCUGUCCCCGCUCCCAGCAGGCGAGACACAUUCCCCGGCCACGACUGUGAGCCCCGUUGCCGUGGAACCUCUACCCACCCCAACGUUAUCUCCGCUCCCAGCAGGCGAGACACAUUCCCCGGCCACGACUGUGAGCCCCGUUGACGUGGAACCCCUACCGACCCCAACGAUCCCCUACAAACCUCAACAUUUGCCCCCCUUCCCGCCGGCGAGACGCGUCCCCCCGCCACGACUCGUUCCCGCCGGCGAGACGCGUUCCCCCGCCACGACGCUGGCGCCCGCGGCCGGCGGCGCGCCUGGUGUGAGCACCACGGAGCCCCCUUCGAACGUGUUCACGCCCUCCGGGGGGACGCCUUCCCCUGACGCUACGGGGGCCCCUGCGGAGCCGACACCGCUGCCGACGGCGAUGCCUACCAACACCACGGCCAUCGAAGAAGUCCUUGACACUACGGGAGAGACAGCCUCGGGGGCGGUGGUGGUGGCUGUCGCCGCCACCGGCGCCGCCGCUACGGUUUCGUCCAUCACGGCGACGACGGCAGCGGCCACGUCCACCGCCACCACCGCUGCCACUACCGCCGCCGCCAGCGGCAGCACCGUCGCCGCCAGCGGCAGCACCGUCGCCGCCACCACUGCCGCGGGGGGCGGGGGGGCGGCGCCAGGCGCCGCCGCAGGAGGAGGUGCGGCCGCCGGCGGCGGCGGCACGACCACCGCUGCGGGCGCCACUACCGCCGGCGGCGGCGGCACGACCACCGCUACGNCCCCGACGGCGAUGCCUACCAACACCACGGCCAUCGAAGAAGUCCUUGACACUACGGGAGAGACAGCCUCGGGGGCGGUGGUGGUGGCUGUCGCCGCCACCGGCGCCGCCGCUACGGUUUCGUCCAUCACGGCGACGACGGCAGCGGCCACGUCCACCGCCACCACCGCUGCCACUACCGCCGCCGCCAGCGGCAGCACCGUCGCCGCCAGCGGCAGCACCGUCGCCGCCACCACUGCCGCGGGGGGCGGGGGGGCGGCGCCAGGCGCCGCCGCAGGAGGAGGUGCGGCCGCCGGCGGCGGCGGCACGACCACCGCUGCGGGCGCCACUACCGCCGGCGGCGGCGGCACGACCACCGCUACGGGCGCCACUACCGCCGGCGGCGGCGGCACGACCACCGCUGCGGGCGCCACUACCGCCGCCGUAGAGUCCACCGCUGCGACUGCAACCGCCGCCGUGGAGCCUACCGCGGUGGGUAGCCGCUUCUACGACGACGGGGGCGACGACCACCACCGCCACCGGCGCCACGACCACCGCUACGGGCACCGGCGCAACAAGCGGAGCUACUACGGGGGCGGGCACCACGACCACCACCACUACAGAUCAGUACGGACAGUUACCAUCCGGCCAACCUCCUCCCCGGCGUCUCCCCCCGUCCCCCAGCUGAUGAUAUUCCAGAUCCAGUUCCUGAGCUCACUGAGGCUGCUGGAAGCGAACAUCACCGCGCCUUUCCGACGCAUGCUGGACCGGCUCAAGUGGCUCAACCUGCACUUCGACGUGGACUUCGUCGGCUUCGCUGGCUGCGACGGAGAGGUGUGUUGCGUGNAUCUCAUCACCAAGCGCGAAGCGCCGUGA